AGCUCAUCAAGCAGUGCACAAAAGUAUCGCCUGGACGAGUCAGACAUCCGGCCAGUCUUGUGCUACAAAUACCGGGGACGCUUGGAGACUUCUUCGCAGAAAGAGAUCUGCGCGUGGCUAGACAAGGACGAGAAUCUGCGCUGCACGAGGAAGCCCAUACCACGUGGCACAUCCUAUGUAGACGUCAAGCGGCACGAUCUUUACUUGCCACAAGAAAAGGACGAGUACUCACGCUUCCCUAACUACGACGCUUCCCUGGCAUCGAUCAGGGUACCUUUCAUGGCCUACCUAAGCCGCUUGGCCUUCGGCGCAUACGACGAGCUCUUCAUUAUCUCUCCGGAAAACUCACCGAACGCGAGUCUGGCCGACAGCGAGAGCAAGCGGAUAAGUCCGUCAAGUACUAUG